AUGGUCAUUUACGAGGCUGCAUCGGCGAUUGUUCGAUUGCCGAAAACAACUUCUGCCGAAUUGUCACCGGCCGUAUCCGUUCUCCAAAUGUUCUGCUCGUCACCCAAACCGGCACUCAGAUUUGCGGCUGUUAGAACACUUAAUAAGAUUUCAAUGAAGCAUCCCCAAGUUGUGUCGACGUGUAACGUUGAUCUUGAACAAUUGAUCACCGACCCAAAUCGAUCGAUCGCAACUUUGGCGAUUACAACACUGCUAAAAACUGGUGCUGAAUCAGCAGUGGACAGAUUGAUGAAACAGAUCAGCACGUUUGUGAACGAGAUCAGUGAUGAAUUUAAGGUAGUUUCAUAUCUAUAUUUGUUGUUGAAAUUUAACUGA